GCAGCGAGAGCCGGCCCCGCCGGGCGGCUGCUGCCCGCCACAUUCACCCGCCCGCAGCAGCCGGGGCGGCCGGAGCUCCGGACCAUGGACCGGCUCAGCGUGCUGGACCAGCUCCUGCCAGAGCUCAGCAUCCUGCUCAAGCUGCUGGACCACGAAUACCUGAGUGCCACCACGCAGGAGAAGAAGCUGGCCGUGUCCACCAUCCUGCAGAAGCUGCAGCCACCUGCAGGGAAGGACGUGGAUUACUUGUACGUCAACACAGCGUCCCUGGGCAAUGGCACCAGCUUCGUGGAGUCCCUGUUCGAGGAGUUUGACUGUGACCUGCGGGACCUGCAGGACAUGCAGGACGAGGAUGGGGACCCCAGUGACAGCGCUGGCCUGGAGCAGACAGAGAAACCGGUUCCUGCGGAUCCAGCCCCUCCCCUGCCCACCACUCCCCCACCCGAGGAUUACUACGAGGAAGCGCUGCCCCUGGGCCCCGGCAAGGCCCCCGAGUACAUCACCUCCCGCAGUGAGUGCUGCUGCAGCCAGGGCUGUGACAUUGGGGCUGUCCUGCAGGUGAUAAAGGAAGCCAGCAGUCCGGCAGCRGGCGGGAUGGAGGCGCCCACCUCCCCAGUGAUGCCGUGCAAGAUGGACCUGGAUAAGCUGGUGAACCAGUGCUGGAAGGAGCGCUGGUGCCGCCUCAAGGGCAACACGCUGUACUUCCACAAGGACCGCACGGACCUGCGGACACACGUGAACGCCAUCGUGCUGCGGGGCUGCGAGGUGGUGCCCGGCCUGGGCCCCAAACACCCCUUCGCCUUCCGCAUCCUGCGCCACGGGCAGGAGGUGACGGCGCUGGAGGCAAGCUGUUCUGAAGAUYUGGGCCGCUGGCUGGGGCUCCUCUUGGUGGAGACGGGCUCCAAGACYGCCCCAGAGGCUUUGCACUAUGACUAUGUGGAUGUGGAGACCAUUGCCAACAUCGUGACGGCCGUGAGACACUCGUACCUGUGGGCCAGCUCCUGCCAGGAUCAGCGGCCGGACUCGUCCCGCGUGGUGUACGAUGAUGUCCCCUACGAGAAGGUUCAGGCGGAGGAGGAGCCAACACGGCCGGGCGCGGCUCAGGUGAAGCGCCACGCCUCGUCCUGCAGCGAGAAAUCGCGGCGGGUGGACCCGCAGGUCAAAGUGAAGAGACACGCGUCCAGUGCCAACCAGUACAGGUACGGCAAGAACCGCGCCGAGGAGGACGCCAGGCGCUUCCUGACGGAGAAGGAGAAGCUGGAGAAGGAGAAAGCAUCGAUCCGCAGCGAGCUGAUGCUGCUGCGCAAGGAGAAGCGGGAGCUGCGGGAAGCCAUGAAGGGCAGCACGGAAACUCCAAACAAGCCCAACGGGAGCCCCCCUGAGCACUUGGUCCCUGUGAACUGUGCAGCAGAGCUGAGGAAGAGGAGUCCCUCCAUCACCCCUGCCAGCAAGGGGAGCGUGCUGCAGAAAGCCAAGGAAUGGGAAAAGAAGCAGACUUAAGCCAGCCUGCCAAGCCCUCAACAGACAGUGGGGAUCACGGAGGAGCUGCCAGCCCCUUUCUCCAAGACUCUGCGAGGGUGCUGGGAAGGCAAAGAGACGUUCUGCAGCCCCCAGCACUGCGGCACCACCUGCCUCCAGGGCAACACUAUAAACCAGGGGAAGGGGCGGGAGGGACGGGGGAGGAGGGGGGAAAGGGAGUCCCUUGUGGAUAAAGGUUCACGAACUACUGGGAAACACAGCUCUGGGGGAGCCUGCCCCAAAGSGGGGCAGAAGGGAGAGCAUGGGGAUUGCUGUGUGUCCAGGCUACCACUUUCCAAAGGAACCACGGACUCGYUGGGGUUUUGUGGCCCCCUCAGGGYUGGGAUUCAGGAGCUGCUCAGGACCAGCCCCGUCGGAGAUGCCGAUUGUUCACCUGCUCACCGCUCCCAGCUCCGCAGGGUCUCAUCUCAGGGUUCCUCAUGGCUCGAGCUUGCUGUGCCUCAACCACGUGCCUUUGUCCAGUAUUUCCAUGUUGUCCUUAAGGCAGUAAGGGUGAGGGCAUGCUGMCUUCCCUUGGGAAUGAAGGAAGCUCAAGCGUCAGCAUUUGAAAACAAAUUAACAGUGGGCACCUUUCACCCUUUCUACACAGCUCAGAAGCGCUGCAAAGGGCUGGGGAUGGAGGCAGCCCAGCUCUGUCCUGGUCUCAUGCUGGUUCUGGGGGAGCAGGGGAGGGGACAGGGCUCUCUCCUGGCCACCAGCACAUUCACACUCUUGCUGCUGCGCUCAGACACAGGUUGGUAAGGCAUGUGAUUAAAAAGGAGCGAAGGGAAGUAUAAAAAUUAAAAAAAAAAAACCAAA